AAACCAAGAAGGCGUACUUCCUCGGCUACAUGGUACAUCGGUUGCUGCUGGCUGCGCUCGGACGCCGCGAGCUGGACGAUCGUGAUCACUACGGCAACAAGCGUCUCGAUCUGGCCGGUCCGUUGCUCGCGUUCCUGUUCCGCGGGCUGUUCAAAAACCUGAUGAAGGAGGUGCGCAUGUACGCACAAAAGUUCAUUGAUCGCGGAAAGGACUUUAACCUUGAGCUGGCCAUCAAGACGAAGAUCAUAACGGACGGAUUGCGCUACUCGUUGGCCACCGGUAACUGGGGCGAUCAGAAGAAGGCCCAUCAGGCUCGGGCCGGUGUGUCGCAGGUGUUGAAUCGUCUGACGUUCGCCUCUACGCUGAGCCAUUUGCGGCGCGUCAAUUCACCGAUCGGGCGUGACGGCAAGCUGGCCAAGCCCCGCCAGCUCCACAACACCCUGUGGGGCAUGAUCUGUCCGGCCGAAACGCCGGAAGGAGCAGCCGUCGGGCUGGUGAAGAACCUGGCGCUCAUGGCGUACAUUUCGGUCGGUUCUCAGCCGUCUCCGAUUCUCGAGUUCUUGGAGGAGUGGUCCAUGGAAAACUUGGAAGAAAUUGCCCCCUCGGCGAUUGCCGACGCGACCAAGAUCUUUGUGAACGGUUGCUGGGUCGGCAUUCAUCGCGAUCCGGAGCAGCUGAUGGCCACGCUGCGGAAGCUGCGCCGACAGAUGGAUAUUAUCGUGUCGGAAGUAUCGAUGAUUCGCGAUAUCCGCGACCGUGAGAUCCGCAUCUACACCGAUGCAGGUCGCAUCUGUCGUCCGCUGCUGAUUGUGGAGAAUGGAUCGCUGCUGCUGCGCAAAAAUCACAUCGACAUGUUGAAGGACCGCGACUACAACAACUACGGCUGGCAGGUGCUGGUUGCUUCCGGUGUGGUGGAGUACAUUGACACGCUGGAGGAGGAAACGGUCAUGAUUGCGAUGACACCGUACGAUCUGAAACAGGACAAGGAGUACGCCUACUGUACGACCUACACGCACUGCGAGAUCCAUCCGGCGAUGAUUUUGGGCGUCUGCGCUUCCAUCAUCCCGUUCCCGGAUCACAACCAGAGUCCGCGUAACACCUACCAAAGCGCUAUGGGUAAGCAGGCGAUGGGUGUGUACAUCACGAACUUCCACGUGCGCAUGGACACGCUCGCGCACGUGCUUUACUACCCGAUGAAGCCGCUCGUGACGACGCGGUCGAUGGAGUAUCUGCGGUUCCGUGAGCUGCCGGCCGGUAUCAACUCGAUCGUGGCCAUCCUGUGCUACACGGGCUACAACCAGGAGGACAGCGUUAUCCUGAACGCGUCCGCCGUCGAGCGUGGCUUCUUCCGGUCCGUGUUUUACCGUUCGUACAAAGACUCGGAAAGCAAGCGCAUCGGCGAUCAGGAGGAGCAGUUCGAGAAGCCAAACCGGCAGACGUGCCAGGGCAUGCGGAACGCCCUGUACGACAAGCUGGACGAGGACGGUAUCAUUGCGCCGGGGCUGCGUGUGUCCGGAGAUGAUGUGGUCAUUGGCAAAACGAUUACCCUGCCGGAAACGGACGACGAUCUGGACGGAACCACCAAGCGCUACACCAAGCGAGACGGGUCAACGUUUUUGCGCAACUCCGAGACCGGUAUCGUCGAUCAGGUGAUGCUGACGCUCAACAGCGAGGGCUACAAGUUCUGCAAGAUCCGUGUGCGCUCGGUGCGUAUCCCGCAGAUCGGCGACAAGUUUGCGUCGCGCCACGGACAGAAAGGUACGUGCGGUAUACAGUAUCGCCAGGAGGACAUGCCGUUCACGUGCGAGGGCAUUACGCCGGACAUCAUCAUUAACCCGCACGCCAUCCCGUCCCGUAUGACCAUUGGGCAUUUGAUCGAGUGCAUCCAGGGCAAGCUGGGCUCGAACAAGGGCGAAAUCGGCGACGCCACGCCGUUCAACGAUGCGGUCAACGUGCAGAAGAUCUCCACCUUCCUGCAGGAGUACGGCUACCAUCUGCGCGGCAACGAGGUCAUGUACAAUGGGCACACGGGGCGCAAGAUUAACGCGCAGGUGUUCCUCGGCCCGACCUACUACCAGCGUCUGAAGCAUAUGGUGGACGACAAAAUCCACUCGCGAGCCCGCGGUCCGGUACAAAUUUUGGUCCGACAGCCCAUGGAGGGUCGUGCAAGGGACGGCGGUCUGCGUUUCGGUGAGAUGGAGCGCGAUUGUCAAAUCUCGCACGGUGCGGCACAGUUUCUGCGCGAGCGUCUGUUCGAGGUGUCCGACCCGUACCGGAUUCACGUGUGCAACUUCUGUGGCCUGAUCGCGAUCGCCAAUCUGCGCAACAACACGUUCGAGUGCAAGGGAUGCAAAAAUAAGACACAGAUAUCGCAGGUGAAGCUCCCAUACGCGGCAAAGCUCUUAUUCCAGGAACUAAUGGCAAUGAACAUUGCACCUCGUUUGAUGGUACUAUAAUAGAUAUCAAUGUCAGGACAUAGGCACGCUGACCGUCUUACACCGGUUGUCAGUGUUAUGUGCUGUAUACAGUGUAUUUUGUUUUUACAAUUCUUAUAAUAAAAUAAUAUUUAAAUAAGGUA